AUGCGUUUCUUCACCGUCAUCGCGUUCGCCUUUUCUCUCCCUCUCUUCAUCGUUGCUUCUCCCCUGCCUCAUGAUGGCGGUUCUAGUUAUUCUGGGUCAACUGGCGAAGCUAACGGUGGGAGCGUGUCUGGCGAUGGUGGGAUUCAUCUCGUCAAACUUCUCUCUCACAAUGCCCAAAAUGGUGGAAAAUCCUCGACGGGCCUUUCAUCGGCCGGACCGGGUGGCAAUGAUCUUGUUACUAACCGUAAGAGUGGAAAGCAUGGAACAAGCAGCGGCUUUACGGGUGGCUCUGCUUACAGCGGUACACCCGGUCCUUCUGGAGGAGGAAAUGCACAGACCGAUAAAUCUAUCUCCGUUCUGGACGUCCUUUCUGAUAACGCUGCCCCUGGAGGCGAAUCCACCUCUGGGCCUGCUCGCGGUGGGAGUGCUGGAAACCAGAUUUGA